UCUUCUGCCUUAAGGCGGGAGGGCUGAGUGGCUCUCGGUUCACCUCUCCGGAGAGUGUCCAGCAGCGGAACCUGGGCCGGCCACUUGUUGCUGCCUCUCUGCCUGAAUAUGAUUAGUUUGAUUUGGAAUUACCUGUACAGCACUCUUCUGAGGUCUUGGAUGAAGUGGAUUUUAAGAAAGCUUACUGGAAGAUGUGAACUGCAACGUAUUUGUGCCAGUACUGUUCAAGGAGCAGAGCGAACAAUGAAAAUUGAAUAUUCUUUGAAAUCAUCCAAAAAUGAAGUUUUGAAGACAUCAGUGGAUCAUAGUGUGCAAAAUAUGGAGAACAACGUUCAGGACAUUAUGGAAAUAAAAAAGAUUUCCAUUCAGAAAGAUCCAGACUUCAAGAUAAAUUUACAGAUUUGCUUGCUUCAAAUCUCUGGCUUUAAAAAACUCUUUGCUGAUGUAGAGUACCUACGGAAGCAACCCUUUGAAUCUUCAAACAAGCAACAUGAAGAUAUGCUAUUAAAGCUGUGGCAGUUGAUGAUGCCCCAUGUACAUUUGGAGUCGAGAAUUACCAAGCAAUGGGGUGACAUUGGGUUCCAAGGUGAAGAUCCUAAAACUGACUUCAGAGGCAUGGGAAUGCUGGGGUUACACAACCUUGUGUUCUUUGGGGAACAUUACACCAAAGUAGCUCGCCAGACUCUUUCACGUUCGAAUCAUCCCAAAAUAGGAUAUUCUUAUGCUAUAGUUGGAAUAAAUCUUACUGAAAUGGCUUACAGUAUGAUGAAGAGUGGCUUACUGAAGAGUCAUUUUUACAACCUGGUUCCUGGAGUUCCACAGUUGCAACAUUUUCAUCAGUUUUAUUGUUAUCUAUUGUAUGAGUUUGAUCAAUUCUGGUUCAAGGAGGGACCAUCCAGCAUCAUGGAAUUCAACCAGUACAGAGAGCAAUUUCAUGAAAGGGUGAAACGGCUUUUACAAGAUCCGAAAACAUUGCUUACCUUGAACUUCAAAAAGUAGACAGUAAUUUACAUUAAGCCUAUAAAGUAGCACUUGGAAUUAAUUGCAAGAUAUGAGUUUAUGCAGUGGAUCUGUGAUUUUUCAGUAGAUUUUUAACUUGUAAAUAGCAACUGAUUAAAAACAUUAUGUGACUGAAAUUCAGGAUGAAUCCACUUUCAGUAUAAAUGUGUCAUCAAAUUGUUUCUGGUUGCCUGGUGUUUGGCAUAAAUUUGGAUAACUUAUUUUGUGACAUCCACAAAGCAGCCAUUGGAAUGGUGCUUUGUUAUGAAAGGAACUAUUCAAAGUGUGUGAAAUUUGACUGAGAAAUUUUCCAUUUGGACCACAACAUUUGAAAUGAGUUUCUUCCUUUAACAUUUUUCACUGUACCUUGUUCUUGCUCCUACUAAGACAUGUAGUUUCAUAAACAUAUUGGCAAAUAUUCAAAUCAGCACUUUGUCUUUUAGCGUACUGAAGUUAAAUAGCAAAUGGGGUUCUUUUGAGUGAUUACCAGACUGUAAUCUCCCCACCAUAACAAGAAACAAACUGAAUAUUUCGAGACCAGUAUGACUGUUCAGAAUUUCAAAGAGUCACAUUGGACUUGACGUUAGCUGUUUUGCUUUUCACAGAUGCUGCCAGACCUACUGAGUUUCACAAACACUUGUUUUUAUACCACCAGGAUAUUCCACGUGUUUACCAUUAAUGGACGAUUAAUUUCUAUGUGGUGUAAAAUUAAAUUUUCCAGGGAUAAUCUAUUUCAAUCUGACUACAGUAAAUGCCAAAAAGUUCUAAAUUAACAAUGUAUUCUCACAAAAGCCUUGUGUUAUAAAAAUAAUAAUUCUAAAUUUUGUUUUCGUAGUAAGUCGCAAGAUAAUCUACCCCAAAGAACACCAUAGGCUGUCAAUUUCUUGGAACUUGUUAAUGACGGCAAAUUGUUGACAAUCUUGCAGGUACAUUUAAGCUGAGGACCGCUUGAAGUACGCACUUUUUAAUCUUUGAGUGCUUUUGUUAAAUAUGUAAACUAGCUAUUACUACCACAUGCAUUGUAAUGUGCCACACUGUCAUAUUUCAUAGUGAAAAAUUAACUCAACCAAAAAAAAAUUGAUUAAAGGCAGAUUAUUGAAAAAUUCUAGAAUUUAGUGUUACGGUCACUACAGUAUUUGAAGAGGCACAAGGGAAAAUGAGCCUCAUCUUGCUCAGGAUAGCAACACAAGUGUUUUUCCAUGCACCAUUUCAGCUUUUUAUUGAUGAUCCCUUUAUUGUAUGAGCAACAGUGAAAAGUUUUAUAUUUAUUACCGAUGAUUCUGUAUAAAAUAUUUGUAGCUGAAAGUUGCGAAGUUUACUGGAUGAAAUGCUUUUUUUCCAGAAAGGUAUGCUAUAAUGUUUGAAGUUUAUAUAGAUUUCUACUGGUUGGCUUUCCAUUUAAGAAUGGGGGUGAGAUGGGUGGGGGGGGGGAGAUGAAGCUUUAUUUUAUGAACUUUUUGCUGAAAUAAAUAGUAUAAAACUGAAACAAUUAAACGCAUCUUGUAUGUAUUUUUAAGAAAGAUCAACUGGGUAUUUAAUCUUAAGUCUAUUGUAUGUCUACACAGAGGAAUGUUGCUACAUUAAAAUCAUUA